GGCUGCUCUGCUCCGGCCUCCUGCUGCCCCUCACGCCAGCUCAGGAGGAGCCAUGGGGCGCCGGGCCUGGGUCCCCAGCCCCUGCCCUCUGCCCGGGCUCUCCCUGCUCCUGCUGCUGCUGCUGCUGCCGCUGGCGCCUCAUGGGGCCCGGCCCCGGGCCGGCAGGAACCAUACGGAACCCCCAAAACCUAACGCCACAGUGACUCCUGGGACUCCCGUGAUCCCCGUGACCUCCGUGACACCGGCGACCCCAGCCACGAGAGCUUCAGAGGCAGAGGGAUCCGGUGGUGAGGGACUCGCCCCUCCGCCCAGGGCGGCCCCCUCCAGCAGCAGCCCUGGGGGCCCAGUGCUCACCGAGGACGGGCAGCCCUGCAGCUUCCCCUUCCGCUAUGGCGGCCGCAUGCUCCACUCCUGCACUUCGGAGGGAAGCGCCCACAGGAAAUGGUGUGCCACGACUCACAACUAUGACCGGGACAGGGCCUGGGGCUACUGUAUGCAGGUCCCUGCGCCCCAGGAGGGCCCAGCUGGCCCAGAUCCCUGUGCCUCCGGGCCCUGCCUCAACGGGGGCUUGUGCUCCAACACGCAGGCCCCCGAGUCCUACCACUGCGCCUGCCCCGUGGCCUUCACGGGCAAGGACUGUGGCACGGAGAAAUGCUUCGAUGAGACACGCUACGAGCACCUGGAGGAGGGUGACCGCUGGGCCCGCGUGCACCAGGGCAGGGUGGAGUGGUGCCAGUGCGCGGGGGGCCACGUCCAGUGCGAGGGCACCCGCCACACAGCUUGCCUGAGCAACCCUUGCCUGAACGGUGGCACCUGCCACCUGAUUGUGGCCACUGGGACCUCCGUGUGCGCCUGCCCCCUGGACCACGCUGGGCGGCUCUGCAACAUCGUGCCCACCCAGCGCUGCUUUAAGGGGGAUGGCACCGAGUACCGAGGCGUGUCCAGCACGGCGGCCUCGGGCCUCAGCUGCCUGGCCUGGAACUCCGACCUGCUCUACCAGGAGCUGCAUGUGGACUCGGUGGGCGCCGCGGCCCUGCUCGGCCUGGGCCCCCAUGCCUACUGCCGGAACCCGGACAAGGACGAGAGGCCCUGGUGCUAUGUGGUAAAGGACAGCGCGCUCUCCUGGGAGUACUGCCGCCUGGCUGCCUGCGGUGCGCGCAUCUUGCUCCCCUCCCACCGAGGAUCCCUCACCAGAAUGCAGGCCCCACCCCCCGAGGUCCUGCUGACCCUGCGUGAGCCCGCCCCAGCUGGACGCCAGAACUGCGGCAAGCGGCACAAGAAGAGGAGCUUCCUAAGGCCACGCAUCAUCGGUGGCUCGUCCUCGCUGCCUGGCUCCCACCCCUGGCUGGCCGCCAUCUACAUCGGGAACAACUUCUGUGCAGGGAGCCUUGUCCACACCUGCUGGGUGGCGUCUGCGGCCCACUGCUUCUCCAACAGCCCCUCCAGGGAAAGCGUCUCAGUGGUCCUGGGUCAACACUUCUUCAACCGCACGACGGAUGUCACACAGACGUUUGGCAUCGAGAAGUACAUCCCGUAUCCCCUGUACUCGGUAUUCAACCCCAGUGACCACGACCUCGUGCUGAUCCGGCUGAAGAAGAAGGGCGACCGCUGUGCCGUCCGCUCCCAGUUUGUCCAGCCCAUCUGCCUGCCGGAGCCCGGCAGCGCCUUCCCUGCGGGACACAAGUGCCAGAUUGCGGGCUGGGGCCACCAGGAUGAGAACCUGAGCGGCUACUCCAGCUCCCUGCGGGAGGCACUGGUGCCCCUGGUCGCCGACCACAAGUGCAGCAGCCCGGAGGUGUACGGGGCCGACAUCAGCCCCAACAUGCUGUGUGCCGGCUACUUCGACUGCAAGUCUGAUGCUUGCCAGGGGGACUCGGGCGGGCCCCUGGCCUGCGAGAAGAACGGUGUGGCCUACCUGUACGGCAUCAUCAGCUGGGGCGACGGCUGCGGGCGCCUCAAUAAGCCAGGUGUCUACACCCGAGUGACCAAUUACGUGGACUGGAUCAACGACCGGAUUCGGCCCCCUAAGCGGGCUGAGAAUCGCUCCUGAGACCCCCUGGGGGGCAUCCUGCUUCCACUCUGUUCCCUGCCUCAUGGGCAAUAAAGACGUUCC